CACAGUGUGACUUCUGUAAGACAGGCAACCUCUGGGCCCCAAAGAAUGCAAAGAAACUCAUCCUCUCCACACAGCGGUCUAGACGGUCAGUGGAGACAUCUGAAGUGAAUUCUCAGCUCUAAUCACAACACAGAAACCCUGGCGGUGAAAGGGGAGCCUCAGCCAGUAACAGCCACUUCCUGAAGACAAGCAGGGUAGCCUGAAGCCAGCAGCAAAGCCGGCCCCACAGCAGCUGUCUCUUCAGCUUCCUGGCAGCUCACAGCCCUCCACCUACAGGCUCUCCAGGAGGACAGGUGCUCCCAGGGGAAAUCCAGGCAUUAGCUGGUCCUCAUGUCGGUCAAACCCAGCCCUAGGCCCGACCCCACUACCGCCCCUGAGAAUGAUUUUGGAGUGAUACACAACUGGACGGAACUGCUCCAUUUCUUCAACCACACUUUUUCGGAUUGCCAAGUGGAACUCAGCGAGAACACCAAACAAGUGGUCCUCUUUGUCUUCUACCUGGCCAUCUUUGUAGUAGGGCUUGUGGAAAACCUCCUGGUGAUAUGUGUCAACUGGCGCCGCUCAGGCCGGGUAGGGAUGUUGAACCUGUACAUCCUCAACAUGGCCAUCGCGGACCUGGGCAUCAUCCUGUCUCUGCCCGUGUGGAUGCUGGAGGUCAUGCUGGACUAUACCUGGCUCUGGGGCAGUUUCUCCUGCCGCUUCACUCAUUACUUCUACCUUGCUAACAUGUACAGCAGCAUCUUCUUCCUCACAUGCCUCAGCGUGGACCGCUACGUCACUCUCACCAGUGCCUCUCCCUCCUGGCAGCGCCACCAGCACCGAGUACGGAGGGCCGUAUGUGCAGGCGUCUGGGUGCUUUCGGCUAUCAUCCCACUGCCUGAGGUGGUGCACAUCCAGCUAGUGGAUGACUCUGACCCCAUCUGCCUCUUCAUGGCACCUUUUGAAACGUACAGCACAUGGGCCCUGGCCGUGGCCCUGUCUGCUACCGUCCUGGGCUUCCUGCUGCCCUUCCCUCUCAUUGCAAUCUUCAAUGUGCUGACAGCCUGCCGACUUCGGAAGCAAGGACAGGGAAACGGCAGGCGCCACUGCCUGUUGAUGUGGGCUUACAUAGUGGUUUUUGUCAUCUGCUGGCUGCCCUACCAUGUGACUCUGCUGCUGCUCACUCUGAAUGCCACCUACAUCUCCCUCCACUGCCACCUGGCUCAUAUGCUGUACUUCUUCUAUGAAAUCAUUGACUGCUUCUCCAUGCUGCACUGCAUUGCCAACCCCAUCCUUUACAACUUUCUCAGUCCAAGCUUCCGGGACCGACUGCUAAGCGUUGUGGUCCGUUACCUUCCAAAGGACCAGGCCGGGGCAAGAAGACAGGAUUCCUCUUCCUCUUCCACCCAGCACUCCAUCAUCAUUACUAAAGAGGGCAGCCUGCCCACUGCAGCAGUCCACCCUGACCACAACCUAAACUUCCAGGCACCCUCUCUGCCUCCAUCACUGCAAUCCCAUCUGCAGCUAAGGUGGAUUCCAGGCUCUUCCCAUAAUGUUAAAGGCUAGAGGGGGAAGGGAGGGAAUAAGGGAGGAUUGGUUCACUCAUGGUCAGUUCUGAGUUAUCAAAGUGUUGCUAUGGGAGGAGGAAGGAGGUGUGGGAGGGACAGAGAUCAUGUCCUUCCUUGGUGGUGUGCAUUCAUUUGGGUCCUUGUGUUCUAAGGGAGCCACAAAGAAAAAAAAAGGCAGAAUAAAUAAAUAAUAGACAGUCA